AUGUUUGGUUCCAUGAGACCUGAGGCGUCUGAACGGAAGACCUCCGAGAUUCCGACUUAUAUCGCAAACCUGAAUAUUUGGUGGUACACCGCUCAUCUUGCGGCUUUCCGAGAUCCCGGUCAUCAACCUAUCAAUCUUUCGGCACAUCAGCAAUUGGAUAAGGGUGGUUUCGAGAAGAUGAUCUCAUUAAGUGCUGACAAUAUGAAAGAUGGCUCAUGGCUCAGUUAG